AUGACGGCGCCUGCUCUAGGCCUCCUAUUGCUACUGGUUGGUUUAGCCGCCGGAGUGCAAUAUGAUAUUCGAGGAAACAUAGAUCUCAUCAGAAGUUAUGAUAUCAAUCCAGAGUUUUACGAUGAGAAAGAUUUCACGGAGAAGUUGGACAAAGUUUCUGCUCGAAUGGCAGAGAUUAUUGGUGCAGACUUCAAAGACUUCAUUGUUCAUAACUAUGUAAUUCAUGGAGAGGACACUGCUGUUUUCCAUGCCCACCUAUCCCUCAAUUCGAAUCCUUCGGUUUCCCGCCAAGACAUCAUUGACCGAAUCGUGGCAACAGAGGACGUACAAAUCUAUUUCCUACAACAGAAGGAAAUUGAAGUGCAACCAGACGUGAGCUCAAGAUUCCGUGUUGUGAGGGCUGAUGUUGAUCACUGUCUUCAUGGAGGAAUCCUCCUUCCAAAUGCCACGUGUUCUUGUCUGCCAUACUAUUCUGGAGCCAACUGUGAAAUCGUUUCAUGCCGUAACAAUGGAAUCGGUCAAAAUGGAAGGUGUAUCUGUCCACCAGGACUAUACUCUGCUCAUUGUGAAGCUAGAACGUGUUCGACCAAGAUCGAGUCAGUUGUUGACUUCUCCUCUCAAUCCCUUAUUCUCGUCAUCAACACCAGAACUUCAAUGGCUUACGAUCUCAACGUUAUCAUCGAGAACAUUCCAGUCUUGGUUCAAGACUAUCAGAACCAAAAUGUCAAUGUUGCCACACCUGUGUAUUUCAUGGAAACAACCUCUUUCACCACAUCCGAUGAUAUGCUGAACUAUCUCCAAGGUGUCACUAUUGCCCCAUCAAAAGAUGAUCAACCAAUUCUGGAUGCUAUCAACAGCGCGCAGUCCACACAAGUUUCAAUGCGUCCGAAAUCCAUUGUUUACGUGUUCGCUGAUUCUGAGAACAUGAUUGAUCCAACUCCGUCUACCCGUCUGAGCAACAACAAUGAGAGCAUGGUGGUUCAACAAACUCUUGCCUGGAGAAACAAAAUUGUACUUGUUCUUUCCCAAUGGACAGCCACCCCACUCGAUCCAACCGCUAAUCACUUCGAUGUUCUCCGUCGAGUCGUCACCGCAGUUCACGGAGAUCUCUUGAUUGUUGACAAGACAGAACUCAUGGAUGUGCUCCAUUUCCUUCUUUUCUAUUUCAUCAAUGGACAGAACAACUACGUCCAGUACUACAAUAAUGUCGCCAAGACGAUUCCAAUUCUUUCUGAUGCUUCUACUCAGAACAGUUACCUUCUGUUGUCUGUUGAAAAUGGAGAUUCCAUUCCAAAUGUUCAAGACAAAAACGGGAAAAUGUUAACACCGUCUGUUUCCGGAAAACGAUUUGCUCUCUACCGAAUCCAGCAAAGUGUAACUGACUUAGUCACCAUCUCAGCUGACACCAUUCCAAGGCAUAAUACUCGUGUCUGGUUCACAUCUCCUGAUGAUAUUCUUAUUUCGUAUUCUGAUGAUGACACUGUAGACAAUAACUAUGCACAUACAUUUAAUGGAUUCAGACAACGUCCAGCAGUCUAUUCCUCGUUUUCCUCUACCUCAGGAGUAACUGUUACCCGACUUGACUCUUACAACUCUUCCACCAUCCUUCCCGCAUCUGCUUUCGCUGCUAAAUCAACAUCUUGUGUAUUCCAGUACCAACUUACAGCUGUCUCUUCUUGUCCUCCGGGACCAUUUGUCCAUAAUGUUGUUGCAGUAGCAGCCAAUAUAACCAAGUACCGUGUCGUGCCAGGAUACUGUUUCACUCCAGAUCCUCAUUCUGCUCCACUCUGGGCUUGUAUCAACAACGGAACGCGUAAUGGAGUCCAAAGUUGUAACUGUGCAGCGAACUGGCAAGGAGCUCAUUGUGAAGUUCCACAAUGUCAGAAUGGAGGAUCUCAAGACAAAUUCCCGAACGGAGGUGGUCAUGGAAAUUGUGUGUGUCCAUUUGGAAUCACUGGAUCCUUCUGCGAGAUUAUGUCUUGCCCCUCUACAUCUCCAGACACAUUCGAAUCCUACCAGCGUUCAUUUGCUCUCGUCGUUCAAAAUUCUCUCUCCGCUAACCAAGCUCUUGUCAGACUUAAUGACGGACUUACAGCAAUGCUCAAUAAAGGACAAUCCGAUGAUUUCGAAGACUUUGUUUUGACAACUUUCAAAGCACGAACGAUAAAUGGACAAAGUGUUCCAGAUAUUACUUCCUCCAAAUUCAGCUCAGCAUCCGCUUUCUUGAAUGCCACAACUGACGUUGGAAUAGGAUAUUCUUACUCUCCGAGUGGCCUUCAACCAGGACUGUUUGCUUUGGAAUCUACAAUGAAAUCGAUGGAUUACGACAAGUCAUCCAUCUUUUUCUUCACUGAUUCCGCUCCUGUUAUCACUGCCAGCGCAACGAAUUUCUCUGAUAUUGUUCAAACCGCUAUCGAACGUCAAAUUGAGAUUUCGAUUAUUAUUAUUGCUCCAUAUGGAUCAUUAGAUCUCUGCCCAACUAACACACUCUUCGAGGAAUAUGAAGAUCUUGCUAGGGUCACUGGUGGAAACUUUAUAAAUUUCUGUCAACCGUUCACUACAAGCGGUGAUCCAGUGUUCAAUUUCAUCGCCUCUUACGGAAGCACCCAUCAUCACACUGAAGUUGUCUCUUUCUACACCGUUCCGGAUUGCUCUCAGUUCACAUCGCGAGACUUCUACAUAUCCAGUGCCAGUAACGAUGCUUAUGCGGUCGUCUACUCGCCCACCGUCCAGAGCUUCGCCGUCGCAGUUACCGAAGUCGGUGGAGCUGCGCAAGCUCUUGUCCCAGAUUCCCAUUCGGUUCCAUUCUUCGCUAGCUUCCAAAUCAAAAUCGCAACCGGAUCAACUCUUCAUUAUAUUCUCCAAUUGAACGGAACCUCUAAUGGUCAAUGUUUUGUUAGAAUCACCGAGAGAAGUCAAUUCUCAGCAUACCUCGGAUUCUCUCCGGAUCCAUCUUUCGAUCGUUUCUCAAAAGAUCUCACCUACGCAACCCAUCAACAACCAGUACUUCAUCUCUCUUCAACUCUUCAGUCUGAUCCGUAUAUAUCAACUUCCACGUAUGAUGAUCAAAGUAAGGCAACGUUCUAUUCUCAUUACAAUCAACGUACCUCCGGAUGUAAAUAUGAAUACAUUAUGGAAGAUUCAAUCACUUGCGAUAGAGCUGGAGACACUUUUACAAUGGAGACAACUAUCACCACACACGAAGUGACUAUCAUGAGAACUCAGCGAGCGUUCUGCAGUGAUCUCGUGGGAUGCAUCAAUGGAGGAAUCAUGUUGGGCGGAUCCUGUCAAUGUGUCAACGGAUACACUAGUCUUCAUUGUGAACUACCAACGUGUCAGAAUGGAGGAACAGUAGCCGAUUUCAAAUGUCAAUGCGAUGCUAAACAUGAUGGAGAAUUAUGUCAGUAUACAAAGUGUAACGAUUGGAAUUUCGUCGAAACUCAUGAUCCAAGAGAAUACAACUUCCAACAAGUGGUGUUCGUCGUGGAAGUCAAUACUAAGAACAUGGUUGUCCCCACAUCAAUUCUUCAAAAGAAUAUUCAAGCUUUUGUUGAUACAACAGAUGACAUCAAUCUUCCGAAACAAUACACUCUUGUGACGUUCGAUGACAACAAUAUCCGUGUUAUUGCCUCUUCCACUCAAAAGGAUGUCUUCUUGGCAGCUUUCCAGAAUGGAAUUACUUUCGGAACAAACUCUCCGCCUACCGUCAAGGGACUCGAAGCUAUCAACACCGCUUACUCAACUCUUCUCGAUUUGCCAGGAAUAAUGUACGUCUUUACUGCAAAUCCAACAGCAACUUUCACUUCCGCUGUUAGACAACGUUUCGGAGUUCAGGCCAAUAUUAUUUGGAUGGGAACUGAUCUCACUCCAGCUAACAUCCACUACUACUAUGCUAUUGCCAGACAAUCCAACGGAAGAGUCCUUCCAGUCAACGGUCUUUUCACUGCUCAGAUUCUCGGCGCUCUCACUCCAACUGUUAACGAGAAUCAAUUGAUUCUUGAUGAUGGUGCAAAGGAUUGCUCUGCUGGAGUCAAUUAUCAGUUCCCAGUCGGUAAUUUGGCCACAACUUUGGUUCUUGCAGCCACAGGAACCGGAGUUUCCGUAACUGUAACUGAUGAGAAUUCAAAAUCGGUUGAUUUGACUAACUCAAGCUCUUUCACUGAUGUCAACACUUUGAUUAGAACUAUCAACACUGUAGGCCACUCUGGUGGAUUCUGGAAUGUUAAAGUAAAGAGUACUGGCAGCUGCUUCCUCCAAGUUAGAGUCAACUCUCCACUUCAAGUUGUUCCCAAGUUUACAAACGAUCAAGGAGAUGACUAUGGUAGUGGAACACCAAGAGUUGGAGCAGGAGCAACUGCUGCCUCUUACAUCACUUUCCGUAUUUUGGAUAGCUACAAUUCGGAUUCUAAUAAUUUCGGUUCAUUUAUCACUGUCAUCGAAUCAGCAGACACUGAUCCAGCAACUCCAUGGUCAACAACAUCCAACUUCAAAAACACAACAGUUCUCGUAAGAGAUCCAGUCGGUUGUGCUAGUCAAUUCGUGACUCCACUGCUUACUUGGACCAGUACUUACAUGAAAUUCGUGGUUCGGGGAAUCGAUUCCAACAAUAAUAACUUCCAAAGAACUUUCUUCUUCAACAAGAAUGCCAACAAAUCUGAUUGUCAAAACGGUGCCGGAGUAGACGCGUACGGAUUCUGUCAAUGUGAUGCCAAACACUGGGGAAAUCUCUGUCAAAUGAGAAGAUGCCAGAAUGGAGGAGUAUCCGCUUACGGUGUUUGUGAUUGUCCGAAUGGAUAUUAUGGUGACUUCUGUGAACAAUAUAUCUCUACAUAA